GCAACAGCCUCAGCGAUACCCGCACCGUAUGUGGUCCCUCCGUCGCAGAAGUUUGACGGCAACGAUGGCGCCUGGUCGACCUUCAAAAUCAGCGUUGGGACACCGGGACAAGAUUUUCGAGUUCUGGCCUCCACGAAGAGCGGGAGCACAUACGUAAUUGCACCUGAAGGAUGCCUAGAAGGAGAAGGAGCGGACUGCCCAAACAAGAGAGGGGCUGAGAUAUUCGGGAGUGCACAGAGUCCUGGCUUUCAGGUCAACGUGUCGUCGAGCUGGUCGACGCUUGGGCAAUAUGAUGUGGAUCUAGAGAGCAGUCUCAAUUACACCGCAAAGGGGAUAUUUGGAUACGACAAGGUCACGUUGGGUCCUGCUUCAGAUUCCUCAUCGAUAUCGCUAGAUCAUCAGGUCGUCGCUGGCAUCGCCGAAUGGAGCUAUCCCAUGGGCUUUAUUCCGCUGGGCAUCCCGGAUUCGAGUUUCUCUAGCUUGAGUCAAUCCAUUGAUUCAUUCUUGGUCCAACUUCGGAAUGGAACAAAGAUACCUAGCAUAUCAUUUGGAUACACAGCUGGGGCAAAAUACAGGUUAAAAUCCGUGUUUGGAAGCCUUAUAUUAGGUGGAUAUGAUUCAACUCGAUUUACGCCAAAUGCAAAACCUUUCUCUUUCUCCUUCUCCACGAAUCCCUCUCGGCUUCUGACUGUAGGGGUGGAAUCCGUCACGGCUUUGAACACACUCAAAGGAACCUACUCGCUCUCAUCCGGUUCGCACUUCUCUCUAAUCGACUCCACCGUCCCGCAUUUAUGGCUACCCAAAGCUAUAUGCGACAAUUUCGAGAUCGCCUUUGGUUUAACAUACGACCCACAAACCGACCUAUACGUGAUAAACUCGACUAUGCACGACAAACUCAAAUCCCUCAACCCAUCCAUCACAAUAAAACUCGUAAACUCCCUAACCGACACCUCCACAAACUACACGAACAUCAUCCUACCAUACGCCGCAUUCGACCUGCAAGCCUCAUACCCCUAUUACCAAAACGCCACAAACUACUUCCCCAUCCGACGCGCCGCAAAUGAUUCCCAAUACGUUCUCGGGCGCACACUUCUCCAAGAAGCAUACCUAAUAGUCGACUACGAACGCGCCAACUUCUCCAUCUCACAAGCCGUAUUCCCCGACCCAUUACCCGCUGCCAAAGUCGUCACCAUCGCCCCUCCAUCUUCAACCUCCAAAUCCCCCUCCUCGUCGAAUAAAUCCCCACUAGGUACCGGCGCCAUAGCCGGGAUCGCAGCGGGUGGCGCCGUUCUUCUCCUCAUCGUGAUCGCAGGCGCAAUAAUACUAUACCGACGCCGCAAAGGCUCCCGCAAGAAAUACGAGCUCGCAAACACACAAAUCUCAGAAGCCGGUUCCGAUCACGCUGCCGCCGCACACAAAUCCUCCGCCAUUCCCUCCAAUCCUCAAGAACUCGGCGGCACACCGCUCACCGAGCUAGCCUCGCCG